UAUUUUUUACCUUUGAAUAUUAUAACCCUAACCCAUUAUUGCAACUGAGGAAAGCCAGGUCACCAGCGCACUCCACUCCCCCAUCCGGUAUUCUCUUCGUCUUGAAGUGGUUUUUGUUCGUUCUUUUGUUAUCAUUUUUUUUUUCUUCUCCAUUAUGCAACCACUCUUGUCCAUAUUAUCGCUCUAUCGCAUAGCCUCUAAUGCGCAAUAGUACGAUUUAAUUCGAGCAAUGUUGGAGUUAUAGUGUAAACUGACAGAGACAAUCAGUUCUCUCUCUCUCUCUCUCUCUCUCUCUCUCUGCACUUUUAGUUUUUGCUUGGGAAGAGAGUGGAAAGCGCCGUCACCCAGCGCCGUUGCGAUGGCCUUGCCAGGGCGGCGCCACCUCUAUUACCACCGUCUCCGGUCUCUGGUUAAGGUGAUAUCCGCCAUCUCCGGUGCUCUUCUAAUCCUCUUCGCUGUCCUUUCGUUUCUCGCUCCUUCUCCUAACGAAUCGGAACACUUUCACCUCCGCCAGCACCAGACCUCCUUUAAUUCUGUCUCUGAGGAUCCGAUUACCAAUGGAGAUUCAGUUUUCCAUAUUCCAAGUAGCGGAGGAAAAUUAGAUCGUGAUAUAUGGACUUCAAGAAAUGCUAAAUUCUUUCACCGAUGCAGUAAUGCCAGCGCCAAAUUUGCGAAAUCUGAAGCUGUUACGCAUCCCACUAGAUACCUGGCUGUUGCAACAAGUGGAGGCUUGAACCAACAAAGAACCGGGAUUACAGAUGCUGUUGUUGCUGCUCGAAUUCUGAAUGCUACUCUUGUUGUUCCAAAGCUGGACCAAAAAUCAUUUUGGAAGGAUGCCAGUAACUUCUCAGAGAUCUUUGACAUUGAUUGGUUCAUAUCAUUUUUGUCAAAAGAUGUUAAAAUCAUAAAGCAGCUGCCUAAAAGGGGAGGAAGGACUUGGACUCCAUACACCAUGCGUGUUCCAAGGAAGUGUAGUGAAAGAUGUUACCAAAAUCGUGUAUUGCCCGUUCUUUUGAAAAGGCAUAAUGCAGUUCAGCUCAACAAGUUUGAUUACAGACUUGCAAACAAAUUGGAUACAGAUUUGCAGAAGUUAAGAUGCAGAGUUAACUACCAUGCUCUGAAGUUUGCUGACCCUAUUCUAGAAAUGGGUAAAACACUUGUUCAUCGAAUGAGGAUAAGGAGCAAGCAUUAUAUUGCGUUGCACUUGAGGUUUGAGCCUGACAUGCUUGCAUUCUCGGGAUGUGAUUAUGGUGGAGGAGAAAAAGAAAGGAAUGAACUAGGUGCUAUACGAAAGAGGUGGAAGACUUUACGUAAAAACAAUCCGGAUAAGCAAAGGAGACAAGGAAGAUGCCCACUUACCCCAGAGGAAGUUGGUCUGAUGCUUAGAGCUCUAGGAUAUGGCAGUGACGUUCAUAUCUAUGUGGCAUCUGGUGAAGUAUACGGAGGGGAGGAAUCUUUGAGACCCCUAAAAGCACUCUUCCCAAACUUCUGUUCAAAAGAUACCAUUGCCACAAAGGAAGAAUUGGAGCCAUUUUCCUCUUUCUCUUCUCGAAUGGCUGCACUUGACUUUAUUGUUUGUGAUGAGAGUGAUGUGUUUGUCACAAACAAUAAUGGUAACAUGGCUAGAAUAUUAGCUGGAAGAAGGAAAUAUUUUGGACAUAAACCUACUAUUCGUCCAAAUGCUAAAAAAUUAUAUCGGUUGUUCUUGAGCAGAAGGAACAUGACAUGGGAUGCAUUUGUCUCUAGAGUCCGUUCUUUACAGAGAGGCUUUAUGGGGGAGCCAAAGGAGGUCAGGCCUGGCAGGGGUGAGUUUCAUGAGAAUCCAUCCACCUGUAUAUGUGAAGAUUCCGAGGCAAGGGAAAAGGCAAAGGCAUAUUCUAGAAACAAGAAACAUGGAAAAUUGGAUGAUUCAUCAAAAAAAGAUGAUAUGGUUAGUGAUGAUCAGAAUGAUUAUGAUGAUAAUGAUGAGCCGGAAUGGCCGGAUCUGGAUGAUGAUGAGGAUCAAAGUGGGCCUCAAGAGAAGCUCCUGUAUAACGUAACAGGUUCGGAUUAUGAUGCAGUCAUCUCUGAUGAACCUGAGUUGGAAGAGAUGCUUUCAGACUGAGUAGAAUGAGUUGGAUGAACCUGACAAAUUUGUUCUCGAGCAUUCAAUUUAAAAUGAAGGAUACAUUUGAUGGUGGAUCGAAGAUAGAGCUUUCUUCUAGAUGAUGUUCUAGAACAAGGUUCCAAAGUAUAGGCAUGAAUUAUGGAGGAUGUUGGUGGCCGAGGCAUUUGUUUUUUCAAAAGGUUUACCAGAAUAGACCACAAUUAGAACUGAUUUUGAGUUGCUAAGAAGAGAUUGAUCGUGAGCCUCAAUCCAAUUAUCAUGGCAUGGAAAAAAAAGGUAGAAAUACGGCUAUGGUUCGAGUGAUGUUGUUUUUUCUGAUUCUUUUAUCUUAUUGAGAUCAUUCAUAUAGUGUUUCUGGUCAAUUAGUUGGGCAAAGCUGUUGUAAAUUUCUUACUUCUGUUGUAUCCGUUAUAAGCCAAUUUAUAGUGUUUGAGAAAGUUGGCGGCGGCUGUAACCAAGUUCAGAAGUUGCUUUAUGUUUGUUUUCUAUGCGUGUGGGGAAGGCCCACAAGCGUGAACUGCUGCUUCAUCAUUGGUUGGGAAACCAUUUUUUUUUUACUGAGUUAUUAGUCAGAUUAUGCAUUUUAUUAGUAAAUUUAAGUAUGUAACAUUAUUUUAAUAUUAUAAAAAAUAUAUAUAUAACGAUCAGUUUAGUGGAAUUGUAGCAGUUUAGGCCAAGUAACACGUCUGAGUUAGAUCUUUAAGGCCCAAUUGGUCGGAAUUAGAGAUUGGGCUCGUCAAAUACCAUUUAGACUCAUCUAAUUGAAUGGGGCCGAUUAAAUGGCUGAUUAAGUACCCGUACUCUAAAUACAAACAUAUCUGGAUGAUUAAGUGGU